CCCUAACUCGAAUAAUGACAAUUCAUUUUCCAUGUUUGUGACUGACACCGAAACAAAUUAAUAUUGUAAUUUUUGCUUAAUUAUAAACUGCUACAUUAGCUUUAAUUCACUUUUAUAAUAUCACAACAACAUGGCCACAACACUUGAAGACAAAUCAAUCUGGGAAGAUGGGGAGGAAGCUCUUAGCGAGGAAGUUCUUCGGAUGCCAACAGACGAGAUUAUCAGCCGGACUCGCCUGCUGGACAAUGAAAUAAAGAUCAUGAAGAGCGAGGUCAUGAGGAUAUCCCACGAGCUGCAAGCCCAGAACGAGAAAAUCAAGGAGAAUACGGAAAAAAUCAAAGUUAACAAAACUCUGCCUUAUUUAGUCUCAAAUGUGAUUGAACUGCUUGACGUAGAUCCUCAAGAAGAGGAAGAGGAUGGAGCGGUGGUGGACCUAGAUUCGCAGCGUAAAGGAAAGUGUGCAGUCAUUAAGACCUCCACGCGUCAGACCUACUUUUUGCCAGUCAUUGGGCUGGUUGACGCAGAGAAGCUGAAGCCGGGAGACUUGGUUGGAGUGAAUAAGGACUCUUAUCUGAUCCUGGAGACGCUGCCGGCGGAGUAUGACGCUCGUGUGAAGGCUAUGGAGGUGGAUGAGAGGCCAACUGAACAAUAUUCUGAUAUUGGUGGCUUGGAUAAACAGAUUCAGGAGCUGAUUGAAGCUGUGGUGCUCCCCAUGACCCACAAGGAGAAGUUUGUGAACCUCGGCAUCCACCCGCCAAAGGGUGUGCUCCUGUAUGGGCCCCCUGGAACCGGCAAGACUCUGCUGGCCAGAGCUUGCGCUGCACAGACCAAGUCUACUUUCUUGAAGCUAGCGGGACCACAGUUGGUGCAGAUGUUUAUUGGUGACGGCGCAAAGCUGGUCCGCGAUGCCUUCGCUCUCGCCAAGGAGAAGGCUCCGGCUAUAAUCUUCAUCGAUGAAUUGGAUGCCAUUGGUACUAAGCGUUUUGACUCCGAGAAGGCCGGAGACAGGGAGGUGCAGCGUACCAUGCUGGAGCUGCUGAACCAGCUAGAUGGGUUCAGCUCUACUGCUGAUAUUAAGGUAAUCGCGGCCACAAACAGAGUAGACAUCCUGGACCCGGCGCUGCUCCGGUCUGGUCGUCUGGACAGGAAGAUCGAGUUCCCGCACCCCAACGAGGAGGCCAGGGCUAGGAUUAUGCAGAUCCAUUCACGUAAAAUGAACGUGAGUCCCGACGUGAACUUCGAGGAGCUGUCUCGCUCCACGGACGACUUCAACGGCGCGCAGUGCAAGGCGGUGUGCGUGGAGGCGGGCAUGAUCGCGCUGCGGCGCUCCGCCACCGCCGUCACCCACGAGGACUUCAUGGACGCCAUCCUGGAGGUGCAGGCCAAGAAGAAGGCCAACCUUAGCUACUAUGCUUAGAUAUAUAACAGAUGUAUGAUUAAGGAUUUGUGUAAUACAAUAAAAUAUAGUUA